UGCAGCAAGGAAAACCCUACAAGCAACUAUAUAUUUUGUCUUCUCCUUUUUCUUCAUCUCCUAUUUUCUUUCACUUUUCUUUUUCAAUUCUUCCUAAACAUGAUCACCAACAACAGUCUUUUCUGUUCUUUUUCUUGAUUUUAUUGAUCUUCAUCAUAAGCUUUAGAUCUGCAUUUUGAUACGGUUUCAAGCCAUAUAUAGUUAAUUGGCAGAAACUAAUCAAUCAGCUUGGAGCCCAAAACUAAGCCAGACAGAGGUUAACAAGGCAAGGUCAAGGUGGAUCGAAGGCAUGGCAAGAGAUCGAUCUCUUCCUUCUGAUGUAUUAGAAGAGAAGAAGGAAGGUCAUCUCUUCUCUGUAUAUUCAUCAUCCGGAGAUAUCUCAGGCGCCAUAGUUCCUGCAGCCUUUGCGCAUGUUAUUGGCACUGGGGACAGCAGCCCAGCGCAGGUGCAAGCUGGGUCAGUGUCGACCAUGACGGAGCCUGCCUCAUCUAAACCUAUUCAUAGUCAAUUACGGAACGUAAGAAGGCAUUAUAGAGGCGUUAGGCAGAGACCAUGGGGCAAGUGGGCAGCUGAAAUCCGUGAUCCAAAAAAGGCAGCCCGAGUUUGGCUGGGAACAUUCGAGACGGCUGAGGCUGCAGCUGCCGCUUAUGAUGCAGCAGCUUUAGAAAUCAAGGGCACAAAAGCUAAACUCAACUUUCCUGAACGCAUUCAAGGUUCACCCAUUGUGCCGCCGAGUUUUUCCAACAACUCACAGUCUCCUGGCGCUCCUGAUCCUCAUUCUCCGCCACCCCCACCACUUCUUGAUAAUCAUCCUUUGCCAACUGAAGCAAUAUUCCCAAACCUUUUACAAUAUGCACAGCUCCUUUAUAGUAGUGAUGAUAACGAGUUACGCUAUGCUGUCUCGGGUCUUCAUGACGACCAUGGACGUUUAAAUAUGUCUUCAUCAACUUCUUCUUCUUCAGUAUGCCAAGUACAACCAGAAAAUAUUCUAAACUCACAGAUGGGAAACUACUCCUCGAGCUCUCAUUUCUCCCAACAGGGGAGGGAUUCUGAAAAUAAUAAAUAGCAAGCUUUAUAGGCUAUACCUUCAAUUCGGACAAUUAUUCAUAUUCAGAGAUCGAGGGAACAAUUUUUCUGCAUUUUUAAAAAGUAAUAAGGAUGUAAUAUGGUUGCAUGUGAGGGAAGUCUGCAUAUAUAUAUAUAUAUAUAUAUGUAUUGGAUUUGUUUCUGAAUGGAUAUUAUUCUAAUUUCUAAUUUGGGCGGAGGCUUUGUUGAAUUGAAUAAGGAUUAAUUUGCAUCAA